AUGUUGUACCUGAGCACGCUAAAGAAGCUGAUGGAGCCACAAGGAGGGUACAAGAACGGUUCCUUGCAACCGUCGCUUUACCCCCUAACCGGCUUCGUCCCAGGCAAGUCCACCCAGCCGCUUGGCCAAAUUGAGCUCCUCACGACCUUCGAAGAUGCCACUAAUCACCGGACCGAGCUCGUGCGCUUCGACGUGGUGGACCUGGAGGCCUCCUUCAACGCCAUCCUUGGCAGAAUGAACUUGAACCGCCUCUGCACUGCCGUCCACCACAACUUCCUAUGCAUGAAGAUCCCGGGUCCAAAAGGCGUAAUCACGGUCUGUGGUGAGCAAUCCUCUGAUAGGAAGACGCUAUAUCGCCACGAGACUAAGUGCGCCGAGAAGGGAGAAGCAUCAAAAAGUGUCCACGUGCUCUCAGGCACAGGGGAGUCCAAGACCGAUCACCCGGAGCGCUACCUCCCUAAGCCCCUUCCUGAGGCAGAGCUUAAGGAGACGCAUCUCCGGCAAUGA